CUCUAGCAUAGGCGCGGUGAAGGCCCAUGAUAGUUCAUGGUUACAGUUUAGUGCGGUGCGGGGGGCGCAUCAGAAGAGGUCGGAGCCUGGCACUACCGCCGCCGCCGCCGCCAUGCUCCGCCUCCAAAAACACCUCCCCGUUCGUCUGCAAGAACAUCUCCUUCCCAUCCAUCGCUCCGCCUCCUUCAUACAGCUCUCCCUCCAGCGCUCUCCCCUCUCCACCGCCGCCGCGACCUGCUCCUCUCGGGGCCACUUCGCCGCCGAUGACUACCUCGUCUCCACCUGCGGCCUCACCCGGGAGCAAGCCGCGAACGCCGCCAAGUGCAUCUCUCACUGGAAAUCGUCCUCCAACGCCGACGCCGUGCUGUCCUUCCUCACCGGCCCGGCGCUCGGCCUCUCCAAGGCCGAGAUCGCGCUGCUCGUGGCCAAAGACCCGCGCAUCCUCAGCUGCAGCGUCGACAACACCCUGCGGGUCCGCAUGGACCGCUUCCGCAGCUACGGCUUCUCCGUCGCGCAGAUCAGCAACUUCAUCCGCGUGGCCCCCUGCUUCUUCCGCACCUUCAACAUCGACGAGAAGCUCGGCUUCUGGAUGCCCCUCCUCGGCUCGCCAGACAGGUUCCUCCGCAUCGUCAGGCGUAACUUCUACAUGGCCACUUCCGACCUCGACAAGGUGGUGAAGACCAACAUCCGGCUGCUCCAGGAGCACGGCCUAUCUAUCCAGGAGAUUGGCAACCUGUGCGUUGCCAACCCGAGGCUGCUCACUGGCAACCCGGACAGAACCAGGGCCAUCCUCGUGCGUGCCGAUGAGAUGGGCGUGCCCCGCAACACGCUUUUGUUCAGGCAGGCUCUGACCGCCGUGGCGGGCCUCGGCCCGGAGACCAUGGCCUCUAAGCUCAAGAUGAUGGCCAAGAUUCUCGGGUGCUCAGACGCUGAGGUUGCCAGAAUGGUGCAAAAGAACCCGUUGGUGCUGAGGCGCUCCAUGGAGAGGAUUCAGCGCACCUGUGAGUUCCUGACCAAUGUGGUCGGCGUCGAUACCAAGUACAUUCAGGGCAGGCCAACAAUCCUGAUGUACAGUCUGGAAGGCCGGCUGGUGCCCCGGCAUUACGUGAUGAAGGUGCUCCGGGACAAAGGGUUGAUCCGGAAAGAUCAGAGCUUCUACACGAUGGUCACGGUUAGUGAUAACGUGUUCUGCUCCAGGUAUGUACAUCCUCAUAAGGAUGUUCUUCCUAGCCUUGCCGAUGCAUAUGCAUCUGCUUGCAAUGGGAAAAUAGCCAUCUGAGGCGCGAUUCCAGCAAACAGGCUAUAUGGGCAGCAACUGCAGUUGCAUCUUGCAUGUCAUUCUUAACACAUUCAGAUACUCUGAUGUGUACUCUGCAAGACUGCAGCGCUGUACUUGGCUCAUAGCUUUAGAAUUGCAGAAACUCAGUAUGCUAAGUUUAGGAACUUAUGAAUGACCAAAGCAUGAUGUUGUUGAUUUCAUAUACCUUGGAUUCUGAUGAUGAAUUUUAUCAUGCUUCAACUCAUUCUACUGGUACGCAGAAUGGUUUGGUUCAGAAA